AAUUGGCUUUGCAGUGAGCAUCCGGGUCUGCGUCAGGAAGGCCCAAGAUUCCAGCGCUCGAGGCUGAGCUCCACAGCGUGCGAGGCUCCACCAGUAGCACGGACUCCGAUCUCCGGGAGGCGCCCCCAGGGCUCCGAGGACUCGCCCCACGUCGCGCGGUCCUGAGCCCCGUCCGUCCCAACCCGCCUCGCCUACCACUGACACCUGCUACCUCAAAGAGGACUUCGCCGCCCGCGCCCCCUGCCCCCACGUCCUCUGCCAGGCCCAGGAGCGCCGUCCGCAGCGCCGUCGAGGUGAUGGGCAGCCGGCCCCGCAGUCCCAGCGCCUGCCUUGCGCCCUGGUGGGGACAGCAGCCAGGAGGACCAGGCCCUGCCAAGCGCAGCCGAUUGGAGGAGCCCGCGGGCCCCGAACCCCGCGCGGCGCCCAGCCCGGAAGACCCGGCGGGGAUCCCGGCCGUGGACGCGCUCACCUCCGUGGUGGUCCUGGCCGCGGGCUGUGCCCUGCGUGUGCCCCUGGAGAACGUCGACCUGGUGCUGGAGCUCGCGCCAAUGUCGGUCCUGCGAGUGUCUCUUGGUGGACACACCCUCAUCCUGAUCCCGGAGGUCCUCCUAAGCUCCGUCGACGAACGCUCAGGAGCGCAGGGCGACUCGUCUGCCGGCCUGGAAGUGGACGUUUUCCUGGGCGCUCACGGGGAAGACGUCGUCGUCCAGCAGGAAGUCUUCUGCGCAUCUGUCCCAGAGAUCGCUGCCCAGGAAGAGGCCUACGAGGAGGAGGCGGACUCUGAAUUCCCGGAGCUCCGCAUGGACUCCGCAUCCGGCUCAGCCGCUGGGCUCUACCCCUCCGCUAGAAGUAUGUUCAGCCCCUAUCGGGAGGGCCCCAUCCCAGGGCCCUGUGCUCCGGCCUCCAACCCCAGUUCAGAGAGACGCUCUCCAAGCCCCAUCUUCGACCCGGAAUUCCACCUUCUGGAGCCUGUCCCCAGCUCACCUCUCCAACCUCUACCUCCCUCUCCAAGUCCGGGUCCCCACGAGCGCCCGAAGCUCCCAGAGCGCCCUCCGUGCAAGGCCCGGAGACGCCUGUUCCAGGAAUGAGCUGCCUCCCACAAUCCCUUGCCACGCUACUGGGCUCCAGGCGACUGUCUCCUGAUAGCCGUUGUGUGGAUGUUGUGCAACCUACAAGGAUCUCCGAGAGUGGAUGACGGAUAGAUGCUUUUUUGAUACAGGCUGCGUUGCAGAAUUUUGGAUCAGUGGCUGACUUAGAAAGUCUGGAAAAAAAGAUCCUCCUUGGCAUAAAACUAUGCUAGUUGAAAUACAGUCUACUUUCAGACUGUGAGAUUGCUGCAUCGGGCCUGUUUUGUAUGGAAGUCACCCCUAGGCAGCUCCAUUCCCCCAGUUUUGCUUUAAACCUCAGUUCCAGCAAUUUUCUCUAAAAAUCCGCCCUUUCCCCAGCACCUUACCGUGGCACGCCUUUUCUCCCAAGUUAAUUACUAAAAAUAAUUACAUUUAUUUUGUUUAACGGGUUUUGGCCCUAGUCUCUGGGCUAGUUUAUGACCACCUUCUCACCAUGGAAUUUUUCUCUAUGGUGGCCUGAACCCUUUGGGGGGAGCUUGCAAAUAGUUGUACCUGGACAAAUGUUUGUUGUUUGCAAAACAGACAGAACUGGAAAUAAUGAUCAUGUACCCUCCUUUUUUUCAUGAUUGGCUUAGCAAAUUGUUUAUGUUAUUGGGCUUUAUUUUCCCCCAACUAUUAGAGCCAGCUCUUUUUCAUUCAUUACUUCUUAUAUGUUUUUAAUAUAAUUAUUUUAUCCUGGAAAAGCUUAUAAUUCUAAGACUCUGUGUGUGUAUGUGUGUGUUGUUUGUUUGUUUUUUGACACAAGUG